AUCUCCUUGGAUCUUUAAAACCCCAUUUUACAGAGGUUUAUGUUGCAGCAACAAGGUUAUUUGUUUUAGUUUUGUGUGCGUCACUGUCUGCUGCUCCAGACGCACCAAUUCAGUGCAUUGUCCAGCAGAGAUCAUUGUGAGAUUGCAGAUUGGGAGGAUGACAGCUCGAGUGUAUUGCUUGUUGGUUGCUGUUUUGUUGUGUCUGUCUGGAUCCUUGAGCAUUACAGAUGCUACUCCAGGAAAGACCACAGCAACGCCUGGAGAGUGUCCACCCCAGUCAUCUGGAAUAAAAUCAUGUACCACGUCCUGUAACAGUGACUCUAACUGUCCCAACAAUGAGAAGUGCUGCAGCAAUGGAUGUGGACAUUACUGUACGGCUCCAUAUAAAGUGAAGCCGGGUCACUGUCCCAAACAGAAGAAGACUCAAGCAUGUGCUGAAAGCUGUUUCCAUGAUGGCCAGUGUCCUGCCACACAGAAAUGUUGCCCAACCACCUGUGGCCAUGCAUGCAGUGAACCACAUGGUCGGGGAAGUGGGCAGGGAAAAGGUCAGGGAAGUGGUCCAGGUCGGGGAAGUGGUCCAGGUCGGGGAAGUGGGCGGGGAAGUGGUCCAGGUCAGGGAAGUGGUCCAGGUCGGGGAAGUGGGCAGGGAAGUGGUCGGGGAAGGGGUCCAGGCCGGGGAAGGGGUUGGGAAAGUAGCUGGGGAAGUAGUCGUGGUCAGGGAAGUGGCUGGAGAAGUGGUCAGGGAAGUGGCUGGAGAAGUGAUCAAGUUUGA